UCACACCACUGAAGGUCUGAAAUGGCCAGCAGACCAGCCCUGUCCACUGCCACAGGUGGAAAUAUUUGCGUGGGACAUCAAAUUAGAGAUAGCCUUUCCUUGUUGGAUGUUCUUUAUGCAAAUCAGUUUGAAGAAGAGUUUAUAGAUCCAGAUGUUGUUGAGCAGACGGAGGAAAACUUUUACAGAGGCGCCCCACCCAAAUGGUUAAACUUUCACUUAAGUGGACUGGCAAAGUCAGAUGGCACUGGAACUUCUUUUAUCAAACGAGAUGGAUACGAUACACUUGUGCAACAAAUUCGCCAAAGAAGAAAACUCCCUGGAACAUCAACUGUUAAACUGUUCCACCAGCCAGGAUGUGGGGGAACCACAUUGGCCAUGCAGGUGUUGUGGGACUUGCGGAAAACCUUCAGGUGUGCUGCUUUAACAGGCUCAACCUCAAACAUCACAAAUGUUGCAAGGGAGGUGGUCCACCUUUUCACAGCUGGCAGUCGAGGCGACCAGAAUACUGUGCUGCUGUUUCUGAAUGAUGAGUUAAUUUUGGAUGAUCUCCAAGAUAACAUUAUGAUGAAGAUUGCUGAACAGGAGAUAGAUGUUGAUAUGUACGGGCAACUGAAAGUGAUGGCAAAUGGACCAGCCCUGUCCACUGCUAGAAGAGGUGAAAUUUAUGUGGGAAGUGAAAUUAAAGAUUCCCUCUCACUGUUGGAUGUUCUUUAUGCAAAUCAGUUUGAAGUAGAGUUGAUAGAUCCAGAUGUUGUUGAGGAGAAAGAGGAAAACUUUUACAGAGGAGCCCCGCCUGAAUGGUUAAACUUUCACAUAAGUGAACAGGCAGAGUCAGAUGGCACUGGAACUCCUUUUAUUAAACGAGAUGGAUACGAUACACUUGUGCAACAAAUUGACCAAAGAAGAAAACUCCCUGGACCAUCAACUGUUAAACUGUUCCACCAGCCAGGAUGUGGGGGAACCACAUUGGCCAUGCAGGUGUUGUGGGACUUGCGGAAAACCUUCAGGUGUGCUGCUUUAACAGGCUCAACCUCAAACAUCACAAAUGUUGCAAGGGAGGUGGUCCACCUUUUCACAGCUGGCAGUCGAGGCGACCAGAAUACUGUGCUGCUGUUUCUGAAUGAUGAGUUAAUUUUGGAUGAUCUCCAAGAUAACAUUAUGAUGAAGAUUGCUGAACAGGAGAUAGAUGUUGAUAUGCCUGUGGUGAUUUUACUCAACUGUGUGAGAGCAAGUGACUAUGACAUCCUUAAAAUGGAGCAUUUUUUCAUGGUAAAACAAACCUUUAAGAAGAAUGAGAGAAAAUAUGUCAUCCUCAAAAAGGAACUCUCAGAUGUAGAGAAGCAAAAAUUUAAUGAGAAAAAGGAGGAGCUCAGCAGAAAAUACGGUGAUAAAUCAAAGAAGUUCCAUGUCUUUAACAUAAUGCAAACUAAUUUCUCUCAGGAUUACAUCCAGGAGGCCUGUGCUGUAUUCAAAACAAUCAAGAGAGCAGACAAAUCACAGAAGACCCAGCUUGCUGCCUUCCUGUCCCUGCUGAAUGCCUAUGUACCAGGCUCAUAUCUCCUGGAGUCUCAGUGCCUGGACUUAUUCAAAUGUGAAGACUCCAUCCAUGGAGACCUUUCAUUGGAGGACAGAAUGAAGCCCUUUAGUGAUCUCAUCAUCACCUUCCAACGAGAUACCAGAUCUGAAAAAAGAGUCUGCAUGGCUCACACUAUGAUAGCAAAGUGUUGCACUGAGAUGAUGGCUGAGGCAGGUGUGACCAGAAGUGACACAACAAGAAACCUCCUGACCUGUUUGUGCAGCGAUGAGGUUCCUCCAUCUUUGCUUGGUUUUGUCAAAGACAUGUUAACCAAAAGAAGACCAAAAGAAAUGAAACAUGAAGAGGACCCAACCAAAAGUACAGCGAUUAAAGAGGACAAAGAAAAGUUUUCUAGACUGAUUCUCGACAUUCAAAAGAUGGAGGGCAAGGCUCAGUGUGCAUCUGUUUUAAAAGUUGCAUCAAAUAAAUUUGAUCAGAAUCCAUUUUUUCCUCAGGCACUUGCUCGUUUUUAUUACAUAGAACUAAAAGACUACAAUCAGGCAGAAAUGUGGGCAAAGAGAGCAAAGGAAAGAGAUCCCCAAAAUUCAUUUGUUGCUGAUACACUGGGACAAGUCUACAAGAACUGUUUGAAGAACAAAGAGCGUCCUGUCAAACCUGGAGAAAUUCUGCAACUGGCCAUAAAAGCCAUUGAAGCUUUCAAAGAUGAAGAAGAACUUGCUGAAAAUGAACACGGUAAAGACAUGAAAGAAGAUGGCAAGACCCAAGCCUUGCGUGCUUUUAACACCAGAGGGCAGUUUGGUUACCUGCAGGUUUGCAACCUUGUGUUUGACCUACUUGUUCGUCAAAACCCAACAUGGAGAGGAGUUCUCACAAAGAAGGUGUCCAUGGGCUCUGUCCUGGGAUUACUUGGAGACAACAAACUCUACAGAUUUAACGACCUCAUUAACAGCCUCCGAGACGAAGUUGAGAAAAAGUUUGAAUUUUAUGAUACUUAUUUAACGUACUCAGAGUCUAUCAUGACAAAUGAUGAUGCAUCAUACAUUUCUAGAGAGACCUCAGAAUGCUACAGAAAGUAUGUUGGAGACUCAGCUCCCAAGAGCAAAGAGAAAUCUGAUCAAACCAUCCAGAAGCUAAAACAAAAACUGGCUGUCAAUUCUGCAGGAGUACUGUCGUGUCUUGACAGAAGAUGCUCUGUGUCAGACCUGAAACAAAUUGCUACAUGGUGGGAAGAAAUCUGUCAAAGCAAAGAUGCCACUAGACAUGAUUUUGCCAACUACAUCCUUGCUAAUAUAAUGCUGAUAAAUACGAAUGAGACCCCAACCAAUACUGACCAUAAAAAUGCAUUUAGACAGAAAAUGUCAUUGGGCUUGAGAGAUGCACCUGAGUUUCACAUGUUAGCCCUACUCGUGUGUUGGCCUACAGAUGAUGAAGACAGUUUUGUCUCUGACCUCAAUCAAUUACUUAAGCAUGUUCAGCAGUCUUAUGAGCAUGAAUAUAAGACACUGUUUCGAUCAAGGUACCUUUGCCCUCUGUUUUUUUUGGGAAAAGGGAAAGGUCUGAGCAGAAAUGUUCACAGAAGGGUCCUUGAGAUCUUGUGGACUAAGGAUGCUCUACAGGACUCAAACACUAACUGGAGGAGUGAGAAUAUUUUUAAAGAUCCCUUAGUUCAAGAACAACUUCUUAAAGUUGAAGGAGUUGUGCGAAACUACAGACUGUAUGCCACUUUCGGAGGCACAGAGAUUGAGAUGGAUGUCAACCGGAAAGACAGCCUGUGGAAAUCAGGGCAAGUUUCCUUUUACCUUGGAUUUACCAUCAGCGGUCCUGUAGCCUUUAGCAUUCAGACAAGAACUACCACUGAAG